AUGAAUUGGGACUCAUUUAAGCUACGUAACGACAGGCUGACAAGGCUUGUCCAGGAGAUUUCAAACACUGGGCUUGGCAGUGUAGAUGAGAUUUACGUCAGCUUGAUACCCGCUCUGAGCGCCGAGAACAAGCUCCCAGACCCCAGCGCCGUCGUCGAACUGGCCCACAAACAUGCUAAGCGUUACCUCGUGCAACAAGACUGGAAAAAAGCAUUUAAACCAUACCUCUGGUUAUCCGAUAUCGCACGAAGCUUCCCCAAAGACAGUGUACCCAGUGUGAGAAGCAUCGCUGUCUUGCUAGAAUGCGUAAGGAUCAUGACGCAGGAAAUUGAGAUGAGGGGCCACACGGAUGAGGAUGGAGUGUUCGACCCCUUGGUCAAGGCGAAAAGCAACAUUGAAUUUCAGAUCAAGCUAUGGCUCGAGUCUAACGACAGCCUCACAAGCCAGACCAUUUUGUCACAUCUCAUGACAUUAUACAACGAGCAAGGCCGGAAAUGGAGAUGGGACUCCUGGGAGACUAGUCAAGAUCCCACAACAAUACCAAACACGACCACAGAUUACCCUCAUACAUUCGGGUUUAGUCGGUUGCAUCGGUUAUGUCAGGAAGGCCGACAAUUGGCCAACGAAAUAGGAAUGACGGCGCUGAAUCCAGGGCAGAGCGUUAAACAGCCGGACGUGAUGAACUGGACGCCACUCCACUACAUCGCAGUCAAUGGAGGUGCCAGAUCUGUCGAGCUGCUGCUUGGGCUGGACGCUGAUGUCCAUGGCCGAGAUCUUGUGGACUGGACACCGUUACACUAUGCCUGCCAGCGUGGAAACAGGUCGACGGUGCGCAGUCUUCUUCGGGCUGGUGCAGAUGUGCACCUCCGUGGCAUAGACGGAGUGAGCUCUUUGCAGUGUGUGGCCAUGGGUGGUCACGCCGAUGUAGCCGAGCUUCUCAUCAAGGCUGGAGCAGCUCUUGAUAUUCUGGAUAACGCUGGGAACACAUGGCUGCAUUGGGCCGCAUACAAUGGGCACAGCAAGUUUAUUGAAGACAUGAAACCUAGGUUACAGGCCCUCGAAACGAACGGAACCAAGAUCAACGUAGAGAAUCACGCAAGAAAGGAACCUUUGGAUCUUGCAAUCAGACGCGGACAUGAAGCUGUCAUACGGCUGCUCAAGGAUAUGGAUUGA